UCCCCUUUCCCUUCCCCCUCAACCUCCCUCCUCCUUUCCCCUCCCCCCCUCUGACUGUUAACCCGGCAACAUGGCGGCCUCGUUGACACUGAAGGUAGCGGGAUCUCUCAGGAAAGGAGCCGGACGGCCGGCUCUCGCCUCCCGCCAGACACAGAUGGUCCGAGUAAUCCCUGCGAGAUGGUUGAACCUUCAAGAGUACCAGAGCAAAAAAAUCAUGGCGGAUCAUGGGGUCACAGUCCAGAGAUUCUUUGUUGCUGACAACUCACAAGAUGCCCUUGAGGCUGCUAAGAGACUGAAGGCAAAAGAAAUUGUUUUAAAAGCUCAAAUCCUGGCUGGUGGCAGAGGAAAGGGCAGCUUCACCAGUGGACUGAAGGGAGGAGUUCAUUUAACUAAAAACCCUGAUGAUGUUGGGCAGCUGGCAAAGCAGAUGCUUGGGUACAACCUCGUUACAAAGCAGACUGCAAAGGAAGGUGUCAAAGUUAACAAGGUGAUGGUGGCAGAAGCCUUGGAUAUUGCCAGAGAAACAUAUUUAGCAAUUCUGAUGGACAGAGCCUGCAAUGGACCUGUUAUAGUUGGAAGUCCCCAGGGAGGAAUGGACAUUGAGGAAGUAGCAGCCACCAAACCUGAGUUAAUAUUUAAGGAGGUCAUUGAUAUCUUUGAAGGGGUUAGAGGGGAUCAAGCACUCCGAAUGGCUGCGAAUAUAGGAUUCAAAGGUCCAUUGCAGCAACAGGCUGCAGAAGAGAUUCAGAAACUGUAUAGUCUAUUUUUGAAAGUUGAUGCCACCCAGGUAGAAGUGAAUCCCUUCGGUGAAACACCAGAUGGGCAAGUUGUUUGCUUUGAUGCCAAAAUCAACUUUGAUGACAAUGCAGAAUUCAGACAGAAGGAAAUUUUUUCCCAGGAUGAUAUAUCAGAAAGUGACCCUUUGGAAAGCGAAGCAGCAAAGUAUGACCUCAAGUACAUUGGUAUGGAUGGAAAUAUUGCUUGCUUUGUUAAUGGAGCUGGGCUUGCUAUGGCUACGUGCGAUAUCAUUGAUCUUCAUGGAGGAAAACCAGCAAACUUCCUUGAUCUGGGUGGCGGUGUACAAGAGAAUCAGGUGUACCAGGCCUUUAAGCUGCUUACUGCAGAUCCUAGGGUUAAAGCAAUCCUUGUCAACAUUUUUGGCGGAAUAGUCAACUGUGCAAUAAUAGCACAUGGCAUAACAAAGGCGUGUCGUGAACUUAAGCUGGAAGUACCACUGGUUGUGAGACUUGAAGGAACCAAUGUUAAUGAAGCCAAGCGCAUCCUGAAUGAGAGUGGACUGCCAAUCACUUCUGCCAGCAACCUGGAAGAUGCAGCUAAGAAGGCAGUUGCCAGCAUGGCCCCAAAAUAGCCUAUUGAAGGAAGUUUUUAAUCAAUGAAUAUUCUUUAUACUGUAUUCCCCAAUCAUGGGUUUCCACUAAUUUUAGAAUGAUAAUUUUACAUGGAUAUUUCACACAAUAACUGGAAAAACAUGAAGAAUUAUCAAUACAUUCAUGCAAACUGUACAACAGCGAUGGAUUUUUAGAAAAAGGUAAACAUUGCAUACUUUUUACAAAUAUAUUGAAUUAUGUACUUGUUUCUGACAGUCCCUGCAUUUUAAUGUCAGUGAUUAAUGUGGAAUUUUUGUGAAAAAUAAGUUUUUUAGACCUGUGAAAUCUGAAUAAUCUGAUGGCACAAAAUGAUUUUUGGACAUCUUUGUAAUCUUCAGUUAUUGCUCAAUGAGCUUCGCCUUUGCCUUAAUCUCAAAUUGAUUAAAACAGCACCACUGCUUAUAUAGCAACAGACCUUAUACUUAGACAAAUUGGUGCUGUCUUAAAAGCCUUAACCUUCAAUAUUGCCAAGAAAGUCAAUCUGUAGCCAGCUCAGACUGGAGAUGUACAGAACUUAGCACAUGAAUAAAUUGUACUGUUGAUAUUAUUCCAGUGGACAAAUAACCUGACUAAACUCAGAUUUUAAACAGCUUUUUUUCUCUUGUCACCAAUUAUUUUCUUUUUUGUAAAACUGAUUUACAUCAUGCCAGAACAUGACUGUCAAAGCCAUAUUGUUGUUUCAUCCUUUUAUGGCCCUUUUCAUGUUUACAGUGUUUUAAACAAUUGUGAAGCCAAGUAUCUCAGUACAAGCAAGUGAAUACAAAUCUGUUCCUGUGGCUAAUUCCUGUAGCAUCAAAUGUCUUCCAAAUAUGAAUAAAAUGCUUUCAAUUAAA